GCACCCGGCGCACGAGUACGCUGUUAUUCGUGGGUUUCCGGGAGCAGGCUGUUUGGCCGCCGCGCCGCCGCGCCGCCGCAAGGCCGGAAUUCCCGGCUUCGCCGCUGUCUCUCUUGGUACGCUCAGCCGCGGCCAUGGGGAUUCUGGAGAAGAUAUCCGAGAUCGAAAAGGAGAUCGCUCGGACGCAGAAGAACAAGGCCACCGAGUAUCACCUGGGCUUGUUGAAAGCAAAACUUGCCAAGUAUCGGGCCCAGCUCCUGGAACCAUCCAAAUCGGCCUCAUCCAAAGGAGAGGGCUUCGAUGUCAUGAAGUCAGGCGAUGCCCGUGUGGCAUUGAUUGGAUUUCCUUCUGUGGGUAAGUCUACUUUCUUGAGUCUAAUGACCUCCACAGCCAGCGAAGCUGCAUCCUAUGAAUUCACAACCCUGACGUGUAUCCCCGGGGUUAUUGAAUACAAAGGAGCCAACAUCCAGCUCCUGGACCUUCCUGGAAUCAUUGAAGGCGCAGCACAAGGGAAAGGCCGUGGCCGGCAGGUGAUUGCUGUGGCACGCACAGCUGAUGUCGUCAUCAUGAUGCUGGAUGCCACCAAAGGAGAGGUGCAAAGGUCUCUGCUGGAGAAAGAACUGGAGUCAGUGGGCAUCCGCCUCAACAAGCACAAGCCCAACAUCUACUUCAAGCCCAAGAAAGGUGGUGGCAUCUCCUUUAACUCAACAGUCACACUGACCCAGUGCUCAGAAAAGCUGGUGCAGCUGAUCCUGCAUGAGUACAAGAUCUUCAAUGGAAGUGCUCUNNUCCGAGAAGACUGCUCCCCGGAUGAGUUCAUCGAUGUGAUCGUGGGCAACAGGGUGUACAUGCCCUGCUUAUAUGUUUAUAACAAAAUUGACCAAAUCUCAAUGGAAGAAGUGGACCGCCUGGCCCGGAAACCCAACAGUGUAGUCAUCAGCUGUGGCAUGAAGCUGAACCUGGACUACUUGCUUGAAAUGCUUUGGGAAUACUUGGCCCUGACCUGCAUCUACACCAAGAAGAGAGGACAGAGGCCAGACUUCACAGAUGCCAUAAUCCUCCGGAAAGGGGCCUCCGUGGAACACGUGUGCCACCGCAUCCACAGGUCGCUCGCCAGCCAGUUUAAAUAUGCACUGGUGUGGGGCACCAGCACCAAGUACAGCCCUCAGCGGGUGGGCCUGACCCACACCAUGGAACAUGAGGAUGUCAUCCAGAUUGUCAAGAAAUAGUGACCUGGGGCCAGGCCACCCAUCCGCCAAGUCUCCCUGGGGCGUCAAACAGGAAAAGAGAAAUACACAUACUCCAGGAAAGGGUCUUUCAAGUCUCUGCUUUUUCUAGAAGUUUCUUCAGUAGGCAGGUGAUGAAGAGUGUGUGGGACAGAGGGACAAGGUUGUGGGUCUUGGGCUGGGCUGGGGGCAUUUCCCAUGAGACUUGUCCCUUGUGCAGGGAUUCUAAGUUUGGAACCCUGGGCCUGUACCCUACCCCUGGCCUCCUUCAGGCACUGACAGAGCAAGUUGCCGCUUUACUUCCCAGCCAGGGUCUAAAGCAGAUGGCUUGCUCAGUGCAAGGGUGGGGAGCUGGGCCUGCCUGGGUCCCUAGAGGUAGUAGUUACUGUUGGGGCACCUCGGCCUCAGCUCCUGCAGCUUCUCUGGUAUUCAGGGAGGGGGCCCCCAGGACAAAAACUCCUACCACCCUCCCCUUCCCAAGGCUGCCCUGUGUUGGAAACUAGAGGUCAGUGGCUUUAAAGCCCUAGCUUAGGCCCUCUGCAGCCUGUUGGAUCCUGAAGUGCUACUCCUUCCCAUGGCAGCCCCUGCCCAGCAUAAAACCCCAGGCCCCAGGCCCUAUACAAACACCUGGGGUAGUGACUGGAGUUUGGGUUCUGUAUUUUCUCUCUAAGCCCCCUUGAUCUCAGCUCUCUGUGAAAUAAAGGAUGAAAACAA